ACAAAUAUAAUCCAAUGCACGCGGGAUGUUACAUCGAAUUACCGCGAGAAAUUAUGUUAAAGCGAGCGGUGAUCAAUGUACGAUCCAAGGACAAUGCAUGUUUCGCGUGGUCGAUGAUCGCGACUCUGCAUCCGGCUGAAAGGAAUACAAAUCGGGAAUUGUCGUACCCGCAUUAUACGGUGUUAAAUUUGCAAGACAUUACGUUUCCGAUGACGUUGAACCAAAUUAAGAAGUUCGAACAUCUCAACGACAUCUCAAUCAACGUCUACGGUAUCAAGGAAAAAGAGAUUCUCCCGAUACGGCUGACAUCAAGGAAGAUGGAACACGCAAAUCUAUUGUACGUGCAGGAUCCGCGUGACGACAACGCGGGGCACUUUGCGUACAUCAAAGAUCUGUCCCGCCUUGUGAGCUCGCAAAUAAACAAGAAGAAAUGCAAGAAAUACUUUUGCGACCGGUAUGUAUUUUAACAAAUUUUAUUAUUUCUCUUAUAAAAUUGUUUAUUAAAAAAUCAUAUUUUCCGUUUGCAGAUGUCUACAUUACUUCAGUUUGUCUGAAAGAUUGCAAUCACAUACAACGGACUGCGAAAAGAUGAACGAUUACGCCAUCCGACUGCCGAGCGAGGACGACAAGUGGCUCGAAUUCAAGAACCACACGAAUAAGGAACGACUUCCAU